UUUGUGUAUAGGAAACACUGCGUUGUCCUUCUCUAUUGUGUUUUCUGUUUACUUGUUUACCUCCGAGUUUCUUUUUAAGAAAUGUUGUCAAUCCUGCCUCUCUGUCCGAUUUAAUAUUCAACUGACCGUUUGAUUAUUGACCACGAGCGAUAUUAGAAUAAGGAGAUGGACGAAUUGGAGACAAAUCUGGCCAACUACAGGCUUCAACUUCAGCAGGUGGAAGCAGCUUUGACGACAAAUCCUGAGAACGAUGAACUUCUCAAGCUCAAAAAUGACCUGGAAGAAGUUAUCAAUCUCACUAAGGAUCUGAUCAAGGCUCAGAUGCAAGAUGAAAAGACAGAUGGUGAAGAUGAUAAAGAAGAGAUCACUACACCGAUGGUGCCUAUAACCUUACCAUCGAAGAAAGACUGGCGACCUGGUGAACGCUGUAUGGCCCUGCUAGUUCAAGAUGGACAAUAUUACGAAGCGAGGAUAGAAACUAUCGACGGCGAUGAAGUCUCAGUUAUAUUCAACCAUAACAAAAGUGCUGAAGUGACCACUUUAGACUUCAUCAGGGAAAUGCCGUCGAAUGAUGGAAACCACAGAUUUAGGAAACAACCUUUAUCUAAAGUUAGGGAAUAUCAAAAGAAGAAGAAAAUGAAAAAGUUGCAAAGGUUUAAACAGCUCGAAGAAGAAAGAGAAACAGAGAAAAACAAAUGGCUUGCAUUUGCUUCCAAGUCAACAAAGAAAGGUGUUGUUAAAAAGAGUAUAUUCGCCUCACCCGAUAACGUAAAUGGAAGAGUCGGCAUUGGAACAUGUGGUGUGAGUGGUAAAGGAAUGACUGAAUUUGUAUCGGCAGAGAAAUGGAGGAAAGAAAAAAAGGACUGAAGGAGCUUUGUAUUGUUAUCAAGAGGCUGCCCGUGGUAUGGACAUGUUAAAAUAUUAAUUUUUUUUUUAUUGUUAGAAAACCCUCUGUGUAUGUCGAUUUGAAUUUAAAAUAUGUAAUUUAUGCAAAUAAGUAACAAUGUGUACAAAACUUGGAAGCCUGUAUAAUAAAAUAAAGACGAGUG